CUGAACCCACCGCAGCAACAACAGCAACCGUCGUUCUCAUAUACAUCGCCUCCUGAGUCCCACCAGUCCGCUUCUCUCACUUCUUCCUCGUCGGACUCGUCUUCUUUCCUCCGUCAUCCCCACGAUCCCAGAUUGCUCCAGGCCCAGUACGAGGCGUCCGCAACUAGUUACGACUUGCCUCCUGACCCCAACUUUUCCCCUACCGUCGGAGAUCUAGUCCCGAUCCAGCUUCAGGGUCUAGUGGCAGCACACAUCUCUCAGCCCCAGCCGCCCUUUCUUGGUUUCUCUCAUCCGGACCCUGCUGGACCCGCUCCGUUCAUCCCUACCGGCGACGACCACGAUUUCUUCCAUCAGCACCGACAACCCGGAGUUUUGCAGUUUCCUGGUGUUUAUUCCAUCUCAUUCAUGCAGAACCCAGAAUUAUCAAUACUCAAUGCCGAGUCCUUCGACGAUGGCACUGGAGGCGCAGGGUUUCGCGCGCCGAGGAGUUUGCCUCCUGGCAGGUCUCAAGCCGUAGCUGGUGAUGAGUCUGGGCGGUCGAGGAAACGAACCAAAGCUCAGUCCACUGAAGGCUUUGAGCAAGAAGAAGAAGAGAAGAAGCGGUCCCGAGGUAGACCGAGGCUUGACACCAACGACGAAACUGCCAAAGAUCGUCGUCGCACACAAAUCCGCCUUGCGCAAAGAGCCUACCGCAACCGCAAGGAAACGGCAAUUCAGACUCUUGAAAAGCAAGUUGACCAACUCAAAAACAACAAUGAGGAAAUGAGCAAGGCCUUUAUGACAUUGUAUGACUUCGCCGUCAGCAAGGGCAUGCUUGAUACUGCACCGGAUUUUGGCCGACAGCUUCAAGCUACGACUGAGAAGUUCGUUUCUCUCGCGCGCAGGACGAGUGAAGACCCAGGCAAAGACGGCGAUAUACCUGCCAGUCUUGAUCAAGAGUCUGAAGGACACAAGUCUAGUCCAACUAGCAACCCUGAGAAGCUUAACGAAAAGUCCCAUUCGCCAGAAGCCGCCCAAUCGAACCAAGUUCUGUACGGAGGAUACAUGGUCGACCAAGAUCCCAUCGCCAUCCAACAGUCUAUUCCUCGAACUCACGCCUUAGCCGCAGUUCACACAACAUCAUGGGCACAUGAUAGUCAGGCUCUCGGGGCCCGCGCAUUAUCGUCCCAGGCUCCGCUAGGCUACGAGAUUGUCACGGAGCCGACGCCCGACAAUGCAAGCUUUCCAUUCGGUAUGUCCCUCGAGAGCGGCCUGGACACGACGGGCCUCUUUGACUCGUCGGGCCAACCUCCCUCCGAGUCUCCUUUCUCCCUACUAUCCGCGCCGAGCACGUACGCGUACCAGGAGCGGACGUUCGGACGGCGACUCCAGCGGUCGACGUUGGAGCGCGCCUACCUCCUGAUCCGCAUGCCCAACCCGCCGCCGCACCGCAUCGCCGCCGUCUUCGGCUUCUGUCUACUAUUCGAGCCCCGCGAGAGGAUCUUGGAGAGGGUGGCUAACCGGCUCAGCGUGAACCAAAACGAGACGAUGUUCAACUGGCGGUUCCCGUUUCUGCACCUCGGCGGCGGCGGGACCUUUUUUGAUGAAAUGCACAACGAGAUGGACACGGCGGACCUGCCGCGCUUCGGAAACCCCAGGCGGCCCGUGGGAAACCAGGGCACGCUUGAGCCGCAUAGGCAAAAGGUCGACUCAUUGUACGGAAUAGGACCUUGGGAUGCGCAUACGGAGGAGAUGAGGGAUUCCAGGGUCACCCGGACGCUCCGUACAUCUGUUCCUGGAUUCGAAGGCGACUUUUACGACGCGGACGAGGUUGAGUGGGUGCUGCAGCAGAGGGGUGUGAUCAUUCCCCCCGCUGCCGACUUCGUCACCGCCGAGAUCGACCCUGCUGACUUCCCAGUCUCUGACGACGCGAGUGUCGGGGGUUCGAAGAUCGACAACUAUAUUACACGUACCAUUGGAGACCCAAAUGCCUUUGGUAUGAACAUGAGUGUGGGUGUCAGCGGACAAUCGACAUCGUCGUCACCUAGCCAGGGAGUGACAUUGGAGUCGACAGGCACACCGGCGCUGGACUUCAUUGGCACAACGGCAUCUGGUAUCCCGACUACACUUGCGAUGUCGACGCCGAUGAAUCUUGAUCCCAAUCUGGGCGGAGACUUGUUCGGCAUGGGCAGCUCUGCGACUAGCGGGACGUCACCGGUGUCAAGGAAAAGAACAGUGACCAUCAAUGUAGGGAUGCUCGUUCAUGAACUUGGAUCACGAUCAGUCUGUUUGGGCAGGUCACCUGGCGUUCGACCGAAAGACGUCAAUGCUGCUUUUUGGAGUUCGCUGGCUUCAUGA